UAAGAUAUCAUCAUAUAAAUAGCCGCAGAGGAACUCUUUCUCUCAUCAGUGUCGUGGUAAAUCUCAUCUAUUCAAGAUGCCACUGUUAGUCGUACUCAUUUCACUUUUGAGUCUUGCUGCCGCACAGCAACCUCUAGAAUGUUCGUAUUUCUAUUACGAAGGCAUAGACGAACUCUUAUACACGUGCCAACUAAAUAUCAACAAUCCCAAUGGCUUCAACAAUUUCACUACUAUCGGAGGCACACACAUUGAAGGAAAAACCAAUCAGGAUGUCCAGCUGAUAUUCACAGGCUCCGGCAUAACUACAAACGUGCCCAGCAUCAUUUGUGCCACGUUCCCGAAUCUCAUUCGAAUGGAGUUAUAUGAACUUGGUAUCAAAGCAAUCGCAGACUCUUCGUAUCGCACCUGUUCGCGCGUCACUGAAAUUAAUUUGACUGGCAAUCAGAUCACUUCCAUCUCUGCAAACGCUUUCGUACAGCUUCCCGGUUUGAUCAGCAUCGUUUUGGAGCGUAAUUUACUGACGACGUUACCGGAAAAUGUUUUUGCGAAACAACAAAACUUGCAAUGGCUGUACAUGGGCAAUAAUCCGUACAAAAGAAUUCCGAGUGGACUCUUCCGCCCACUACAAAAUCUUGGAGUUCUCUACAUUGGCAAUGCCAAUCUCGAUGCAAUCGACAGUCAAUGGUUCCUCACAAACAGUCGCAUUUACGAAUUGUACUUGGCCGGGAACAGGAUCAAAGACGUGACUGGAAGUUUCACUGGAUUACAAGGCUUGACUUAUCUAACUUUGACGGAAAACCGAAUUAGAAAAAUUCCAACUGGCACAUUCACCCGAACUCCGAACCUAAAUACGUUGUACAUAGCAAACAACAAUCUAACUGAACUGAGACAAGAUUCAUUCCCGAAUCUAUCGCAGCUGACUUCACUGGACAUUAGCAACAAUCCGAUUGGAGUCAUUUAUAACGGGGCAUUUCGUGGACUUAGUGCGCUCACGUCGUUAACAUUGUCGAGUUGCUCAAUCAAUCGUCUCGAAUCGAAUUCAUUCCACGGCCUGCAACAGUUAGUUUCACUUGCGCUGAGCUCAAACCGAAUCGACGUUCUUCCAACGGCUGUUUUCAGUCCAAUGCCGAGUCUCAACUACAUCGGUUUGUAUGGCAAUCGCUUGUCGGUCUUGCAUGUAAGAAGUUUUGGCAUUUUAUCGUCGUUGAAAACAUUCGAUCUGACCCAAAACACGAUCAAUGCCAUCGACAAAAGGAUUAUUGACCGCGCCACCACCCUUAACACGCUUUACUUCGUUGGAAACAGAUGUGCCAGCAAUAAUUAUGAAGAUUAUAGCAAUAAGAGACGGGAGUAUUCGGUGACACUUGCUACUUGUUUCGGAAACUAUUUGGCCUAGACACAAUCAAGGUUUUAUACGAGGAGGUUACGCCGGUCACCGGUGCCGUUAUCACAAAAAACCACUGAACUUUGCUGUAAUUUUCAUACCAAAUUGUAGAAAAAAUGUCGAUCGGCGUAGCCUGCUCAUAUAUAACCUUGAACAAUAGUGUUCCAUUUCGGAAUUAGUUCAACUUUGUACCCGUAGCACACCAAACAAUUGCUAAAGUGAACGCACAAUUCAUUGUGUAUCCGCCGCAUAAAUUGGAACUAUCUCUGAAAUGGAACGCUUUUUAUGCUCCCAGUCCAGUGGUAGAAAAUUGUGCUGUACAUACCCACAGCGAAGCGGAAAUGAUUGAACAAUUGUAUUCCGCACAAUUAAUAAAGCUGAAUUUAAAAAAA